AUGAUCAAGCCAACAAUCGCCGUUCUGGACCCUUAUCAUCCUGAAGCUCUUGCUAAGCUGAAGAACAACGAUGAAGUCGAAGUACUGGUACGGCCUGACUCUUCGCAAGAAAUUAUCUACGAGCGAGCCAAUGCAGUCAUGCUUCGCAGCGAUUCACGUUUAACAACUUCAGAGUUUGAGAAAUAUAGCCAGCUCAAAUACGCCGUCAAACAAGGUGUGGGCGUCGACAAUAUCGACCUCGAUGCAGCAGUCAAGGCAGGUGUGGAAGUAUACAACACGCCUGGUCUGAACAGCGAAGCUGUCGCAGAACUCGCGCUGUCGUUGGCACUAUGUCUUGCCAGAAGAGUUUGUGAGGUCGAUCGAGCUAUACGAGACAGGAGGACCGUCAUCCGCAGUCAAACUCUUGGCAGAAGUCUUUCCAGGAAAGUGCUCGGUAUCGCAGGCAUGGGCAACAUUGGCCUAGCAUUCGCUAAGAAAUGGUUCGCAGCCAUGGAAGGUACCAUCAUCGCAUACGACCCAAAUCACAAGGGCUCUUCGUGGUCAGAUAUCUUCGGGUCUCGAAUGCGACAGGUUCAUGAUCUGGGAGACCUGCUCAAAGAGGCAGACGUAGUCUCACUUCACGUACCAUUAACGAAAGCGACAACUGCCCUCAUAUCUCGUAGAGAGUUCGCGCAAAUGAAACAAGACGCCAUCCUCCUCAACUGUGCUCGAGGUGGUGUUGUGGACGAGGCUGCCUUGCUCGAGGCUCUGGAUUCAGGCAAAUUGUUAGGCGCAGGACUUGAUGCAAUGGAAGUUGAGCCACCGACUCAAGAGGUUUACGGCUCGCUGCUCAGCCAUGAGAACGUCAUACUGACGCCGCAUAUUGGUGCUUCGACGGUGGAAACUCAAGCACGUAGUGGUGUAGCAGUGGCAGAACUUGCUGUGAAUCUGGUAUUGAGAAAUGGUGGAGGUAAUAGGGUAGUAUAG